GACGAGAACCAGUGCUGACCCUUUAUUCCAGAGAGUGGAUGCCUUUGUGUGACGCGGUGGUGUAUUAUAUCAAAGUUUGGACGUUUAUUGUUAAUUUGAAACCCAUUUGGAUUUAAUCUACUUUACUUUUCAUUGACAACCCAGUUUGGAUUUUAUUCAUGGAUAAAUCUGGAUUUGGAACCAUUGGGCUCAAGUUCUGGAUAGUACUAAAUGUUUGUCUCUUGGUCAAUGGUCAACAGUCUAAUGACGAAUGUGGCCUUAAUCAAACCUCCCUACACAAGACGGGAUGGUCGGGCAUGGUACGUAGCCAAAAUGGAACUAAAUAUUGCGUAUGGAAGAUACAGGUUCCAGCCGGAAACUUAGUCAAGAUCAAUUUCACGCUUCUACUGAUAGAUGGCUUUAUUCCGAGCUCGGACUGUACCCGGCACGGCGUCAAGGUGACAGGUGGAAAUGUGAGUAGGUUAUUUUGCCUAACCUCGACUACGACUGACUGGAUAGUACCGUCCAAUGAGGUGGAGAUAUCGAUUGUAUCUACCGAUAAACUACACCGAAGUAACAUAUUCGCCUUGAUUUAUGAAGCUAUUUGCGGAGGAAUGCAGGAUCUCGAAACAUUGUUUGCACCUGAACUGCCACCCGGCACAGAAGACUGUACAUGGACUAUCAGACACAACCGAGCAGGGCGUAAAACGGCCUUUCACACAGGAAAUACAGAAGACUGGACUUAUGACAUUGAAACCCUGAAUGGGACUAUUACUGCUGACGUCACUAAUCCGUGGAUAUAUCUCGACUCCAACACCAUCAACAUAACAGUUCACAGGAGAAAAGAAUCGGAUUACAAUAACCAUAGUUCGACCAGCAACAAUACACAGCCUUUAGGACUAACGGUUCAAUCUUUAGGAGCAGAUAACCCGUGUCCGGAAGUUUGUGGCAAAUAUGGGUACUGUGAGCCAAAGAACAUUAGCAGCGAAUACUACUGUCAUUGUAUGAAAGGAUACAAGGGUCAGAAUUGUACAGAAAUAGCAUAUGAUGGACCAUAUUGUGACGAGAGUGUUGACGAUGUUCUCGGAGACAAUAUACUUGUUCAUUGGACCAUAACGGAAGCCAACCAUACAGAUACCAAACCAUGUCCUCAGGGACGAAUAGGCGUCGUAAGUAGGCCAUGCAUACCUGAUGGUCAGGGAGGGGCAAUGUGGGGUCGACCUGAUUUAACCGGAUGUGUCAGUCAGCACAUCAAGGAUAUAGAAAAUAUGGCAAAUCAACUGAAACAGAACAAUGCAGUCGAUAAAACUGCUAUAAUUAACAUCACGGCCAGCAUUGUAAAUGCCACAUCAUCUCAAGGUGAUGGUCCGGCGGCGGCUCUGUAUCCUGGGGAUCUCGUGGUAUCCACAGACGUGUUCCGGACAAUCGCUGAUGUUUCCAAACAAUCCAGAGAUAAUCACAAUGACUUAGACGAAAUCGCACAGGGCUAUGGCGAGGCUGUGAGUGGAUUGGUCGACGAUAAAAUCGCACACGUCUGGAAACUAAUUGAUUUGGAUUUUGUCGAAGAGAGGAUGGCGUCUAUUUUGACGUCGAUGGCAACUCUUGCUGGAAACAUUGCAAACGUCAGGGUGUCGUCGGAACACAAAAGGAACAAACGCGAGAUGUCCAAUCAGAGUCAAAGUCUAUCAAUCAAUUCCUCCACUGACAAUAUAGAUUUCAGUAUAACUUUCCAUGAGAAGAUCGCGAUGUGUGACACUUUAUCAUCCUUCACCAUGGGAGGUAACUCUGACAGUUCUAUCACUAUUCCGUCGACUGUGUUCAGGAACGCAGUAAAAGCAUCUCAAGACAGAUACAUACAGGUUUAUGCGGCACGAUUUUCAUCGAUUACCGACAUAUUGACGUCAUCACAGCAAGAGCAAGAAAAACAAACACGCCAAGAAAGUAAGAAUUUUCAAGGAAAGUUUAUCAACUCCGAUAUAGUUUCUGGAAGUGUUCUGAAUAUUCCUGAGGAUGUUUUUGACAAUUUAGACGAGCCAAUCAGGCUUGUCAUCGAAAUCAAGAACAUUACCUUACUGGCAUCCUACAAAGAAAAGUGCGUUUUCAUGAAUUUGACAGAAGACAGCCAUGAAAUGCGAUGGUCAUCAAAAGGGUGUCGAGAGGACGUCACAAGUUCAAAUAACACACAUAUUGUGUGUUUAUGUAACCACUUCACUAACUUUGCAGUACUGAUGGAUGUCUUCGGAGUUGCUGAGAAGAUAGAUGAUGACGACAAUGCUGUUCUUACCUAUAUAUCGUACGGGGGAGGAGGCCUGUCUGUCCUUUGUUGUAUCAUUUCGGUCAUAGUUUUCGAAUAUUACAGAAUACGUAAUGAAAGGAUACGGACGCAUGAACAACUGGCUAUCACCUUCAUAUUCGUUCAAGUUUUGUUCAUUGGUGGCAUUGAUCGAACGGAAAAUCAGUAUGUGUGCAUGUCGAUUGCCAUCGCACUACAUUACUUUCUGACGGCCAUGUUUUGCUGGAUGUUGCUGGAAGGAUUCCAUCUAUAUGUUCUCUUAGUAAAGGUUUUCAAAAGAGGACGAAACUUCGGCAAAUACCUCUUAGUUGGUUGGGGGGUCCCAUUAGUUGUUGUUGGCAUAACAGCAGGAAUAUUCCACGACAAGUAUGGAAAUGAUAAAGUUUGUUGGCUGUCCCACGACAUGCUCCUCGUUGUCUUUCUACCUGCUGUUGGCCUCGUCAUCGUUAUAAAUACGGUUGUGUUACUAAUGGUUCUGAGGAUAAUGAUGAGAACUAUGCCAACGAGGGCUAAUUCAGAGGAUCGUUCGGCAAUAAGGGCUGGAUUAAAAGCAGCUGUUGUCCUUCUGCCACUACUUGGACUAACGUGGACCAUAGGAUUUCUCUCUGUAGAAAACAAGGAGGCUUUAGUAUUCACUUAUUUAUUUACUUUGUUCAAUUCCCUCCAGGGUGUGUUUUUCUUCAUUUUUCAUUGUCUACUCAGCGUUGAUGUCCAGAAGGCCUAUAAAAGGCAGAGUAGGAAGAAGAACUCUAUCAGCUGGACAAACUUUACUGGAAAGACACGUAAAAGUUCUGACCAAGACACGUUCUAUAGUAAUAGUAAAGAAUCGGUCAAUACUCUAGUCACAGAUGCUUCGUCAUUGGACAGAAGGACAAGAACUUUGGCAAAUGGAGUAGACAGGAUUUAUAGGGAUGCCAGGCAAAGCGACAGCCACAAUUACUCCUCAAAUAUCUUGUAUCAUGACCAACUGUAUAGGUCAAAAAGCGAUGAGACAGCUAAGACGACCUCAUUCAGGCAUCAACACGAAAGCAUAAGUUUCGAUGAUCAAACAGGCUUGCGAUUUUAUCGUGGACAAUAUUCUCUUAAAACACCACCAAGACGUAGCUCUGUCAGGUAUCAGGAUGAGGGCGAGCAUACACCCAAUGGACGGCAGUUGGAAGAUUCUACCCCUUCCAAUAUCGAACCCACGUAUAGCAAGCCUUUCAAACGAGUAGAGCAUCAGCAACCGUUGAACUCGGAGAUCAAACCACAGGACAACCACGUGAUAAAUCACGUGAAAUUUCAAGGGAGCGAGAUUACUGAGGAAGACGAAGUUUUCAAGCGAGAUCCGAUAAGAACUACUCCUAAACGAAAGGGUCCAAUUGUAAACACCGUGUCCAGUGAAGACUUUUUAAAGGAACUCAAACAAAGAACAGCCAGUUUUAGGGAUAACUGAAUCAGUGGCAUUUAACUGACAUAAAGGAACAUGCAUCUUUAAACGUCAAGGUGAUAAAACCAACGACACUUUGAAGCUACGUCGGUAUGUCUGGUUAUCAGACCGGAUGUUGUAGCGUAGAACAUUGUAUGUCUCACGCACUCUCCUUUACAUUAGUGGAAUUCAGCUGCCUUCAGAUGGGACAUACUACACGUACUCGCUCUAAUGUUGUGUACUCGUAAUCUAUUGAGUAUUUAUAUUAGCUGACAUUUGCAAAUAACUAUCAUGUCUGAUUGAAUUAGAAAACUAAAAAAAAAAAACUUUCAUUAGUUUAACGUUCCGGAGAAUUCAUUUUCAAGUCAAAUAGAGAUGGUGAAUUUUAUCAAACUGAUGUUAUUCCUGCUGUGUUGGCAAAAAGAAAUACGACUAUUGGUAGAUUAUGUUGCUCAUAUAACCCUAAACUACAACAUGUACCUGCAUAUGACCAUUAACUUAGUAUUGAUUGGUUAUUUACUGCUUGUUUUUCUUUGUUUUGUUUUUUUUAAUUUUUUGUAUUUCCGUGUAAAAUCAUGUUUGAGUUGUAUGAAACAUUUAAAUAUAUAAACUAUCAUUUGCAAUCUCCAUGACGAUGAAAGAAACAACAUUGACCGAUACAGUAGGUCAGAAAUAUUAUAGCAUUGAAGUAUGAAUAUUCAUUGAGAUAUGUCCAUUUCACAAAUUAUUUAUUUCGUAUUCAACACUGUUUACAGAAAAAGGUCAUAAGUCACGAAAAAAUAAAACGGAGCAGACCCCGCAACCCGUUUUACAUUGAAACCUGAUGCUAUUCAUCUGACAUUAAGGCCAACCUUUGUCAUAUACACAGUAUGUUUCAAAGUGUUCUCAUUUUUUUUUUUUUUUUUUACAAAAUUCAAUUUGCUUAAUCUCAUAUUUUGAUCACCAUUUCUGAUUUCGACAAUGACUCGCUGAAACUUAUUUUAACUCUCCGCACCGGUAGUAACCCCGUAUAUAAUGAUGUUUAAUUGCAGAAGUACUGAGGCCUCCACACAACAGCUGCAUAUUCAUCCAAAUCGCACUUAACCAGCACUUCUGUAUUAGUACUAUUUUCGUUGUUGAUUUUAUUUAGCUUCUCGAAGUUUAUCUUAACCUGCUUGUCACGUUUUAUUUCGUUUGAAAAUAAUUCGGUUCAGGAUAUACACAUGUAUUUAACGUUCUUUUGCAAUCUAACAUUGAAAACUGUACAAUUUAUGCAUGUGUCAUUAGUAUUUCCCCAUCCGGAUAUUCCUUUUGAUCUGUUUCGAAUUUAGUUGCCUCUUGUUAUCAUUUUCGACCCUCAGCAUUACUGACUACUCCAAUAAUGACGAAAGAGCUGUCUGAUGCAGGUUAAUUCAUUGUGUCUGUUUUGUAUCUAACUCUCUAGUAUUGAAGGUGCUAAUAUCGUAUGUGUCUAUCAUUUGCCUGUAUAAUCUUUAUCAUUCUGUAUAUCACUCCCUAGGAUUCAUUUUUUUAAAACAUUUACACAUUUUACUAUUAUGUAAAUAUUAUGUAAGACAGCGGUUACAUUGUGUUAUAUACCGUGUAAAUGCAAUCAUAUCAUAUGACAUUUCAAUGUCACUGUUAUAUAUCGUGCCGAAAACUCAUUAAAUAUAUGAUGAAAUUGUA